GAGUGUGUGUGUGUUUCGGAGCGCAUGAAGAAGCCCUAGACUAAACCCCGUCCCGACCCCCGUCUCGUCAUCGCCCGCGAGCUUCUGCUACGCUCGGACGAGAUUCUCUACCCCGCCCUGCUCGCUCUCGCUGUUGCUUCCCGAGCUGCAGGGUGGAUUCCGCUCGGCGCCGGGCUCUUGGAUUGGAUUUCAGUGUUCUAGCUGUGCGCGGGCACGAUGCAGGUCCAGGAGGAUGCCGUGAGUAGCGCCGAGGAGCAAGACAAAUGGCUGGCGGAUGCCAUGGCUCUGGUCCAGCACAAUGCAUUUUACAUGCAUCGCGCUGUGGACGCGAGCAAUCUGCGCGAUGCUUUGAAGUACUCCGCACAGAUGCUUUCGGAGCUUCGAACGUCGAAGUUGUCUCCGCAGAAAUACUACGAGCUCUACAUGAGGACUUUCGAUGAGCUGAGGCAGCUGGAAACGUUCUUCAAGGAGGAGACAAAGAGAGGCCGCACCAACGCUGACUUGUACGAGCUCGUUCAACACUCUGGAAACAUACUCCCGCGCCUAUACCUGCUCAUCACCGUGGGAUCGGUGUACAUCAAAUCGCAAGAAGCGCCAGCGAAGGACAUAUUGAAGGAUUUGGUGGAGAUGAGUCGGGGUGUGCAGCAGCCGAUUCGGGGGCUUUUCUUGCGCAGUUAUCUAUCUCAAAUCAGCCGGGACAAACUGCCAGAUGUUGGAUCGCCCUACGAAGGGGAGGGUGGCAACGUGAUGGACGCGGUGGAGUUUGUGCUCCAGAAUUUUACGGAGAUGAACAAAUUGUGGGUGCGGAUGCAACAUCAGGGCCCUGCUCGGGAGAAGGAGAAACGAGAAAAGGAACGGAGCGAGUUGCGUGACUUGGUGGGCAAGAAUUUGCAUGUGCUGAGUCAACUUGACGGCGUGGACCUAGAGAUGUACAAAGAUGUUGUGCUCCCACGAGUUCUGGAACAGAUUGUGAAUUGCAAGGACGAGAUCGCGCAGUACUACUUGAUGGACUGCAUCAUCCAGGUGUUUCCAGACGAUUUCCAUCUUCAAACUUUGGAGACUCUUCUAAGUGCAUGCCCUCAGCUACAGCCAACAGUGGACAUAAAAACAGUGAUGUCUCAGCUGAUGGAGCGCCUGUCCAGAUAUGCUGCUGCGUCGCCUGAGGUGUUGCCCGAGUUUUUACAAGUGGAAGCCUUCACGAAGUUCAGUCACGCUGUUGUUGAGGUGAUCGAGGCGCAACCUGACAUGGCAUUGGUGGGGGCUGUGAGCCUGUACGUGGCUCUGCUUACUUUCGUGUUGCGAGUCCAUGUCGACCGCCUUGACUAUGUCGAUCAAGUUUUGGGAGGGUGUGUGAAGAAGCUGGAAGGUAAAGGCAAGGUGAAGGAUGUUAAAGCAACAAAACAGCUGGUGGCCCUGCUAAGUGCCCCUCUGGAGAAGUACAAGGACGUGGUGACUAUCCUGAAGCUGAGUAAUUAUGGAAAGGUGAUGGAACACUUGGACUACGACACAAACAGAGUAAUGGCAGUGGUUCUGAUGCAAUCGAUUUUGGCAAACAACACCCUCAUCACAGCCCCGGAGAAGGUGGAUGGGCUGUUCGAUCUGUUGAAAGAGCUAAUUCAGGACAGUGAGGGAGCACCAUCCAUCGACGAGUUAGACGAAGAGGACUUCAAGGAGGAGCAAAAUCUGGUGGCGCGUCUGGUACACAUGCUGGUGAAUGACGAUAAUGAGCAGAUGUUCCAGAUUUUAAUAGCCGCAAGAAAGCAAUUUGGUCAAGGGGGUCCAAAGAGGCUGCCAUUCACUCUUCCACCUCUUGUAUUCGCCGCUCUGAAGUUGGUGCGUUCUUUGCAAAACGAGGAUCUUCCAGACGACGGCCCCGUAUCUUUGAAGAAGGUCUUUCAAUUUUUGCAUCAGACUGUGGAGGCGUUAUCAGUGGUACCAGCCCCAGAACUUGCGUUGCGGUUGUACUUACAAUGUGCAGAGGCUGCGGGUGUGUGCAACCUGGAACCGGUUGCGUAUGAGUUUUUCACGCAGGCUUUCAUGAUUUACGAAGAGGAGAUUGCGGAUUCGAAGGCCCAGGUGACUGCUCUGCAGCUGAUAAUUGGCACUCUACAAAGAACACGGGUUUUUGGCGUGGAGAACAGGGACACACUUACGCACAAAGCGACAGGGUACUCGGCGAAGUUGUUGAAGAAGCCGGAUCAGUGCAGGGCUGUGUAUGCCUGUUCUCAUCUAUUCUGGGUGGAAGAGGGGAGUGGUGUCAAGGAUGGAGAAAGGGUAUUGCUAUGCUUGAAACGGGCCUUGAGGAUUGCCAACGCUGCACAGCAGAUGUCUAGUGCGACCCGAGGAAGCAAUGGGCCCAUGACACUUUUUGUGGAGAUUCUGAACAAGUAUCUGUAUUACUUUGAGAAAGGCAACACCCAAGUUACAAGCACGAUCAUUCAAGGAUUGUUGGAGCUCAUCGUGACGGAGAUUCAGAGUGAGAAUACGACGCAAGAUAUGCAGGUGGAUGCUUUCCUGGCCAAUACACUGAGGUACAUCCAGUUCCAAAAGCACAAAGGUGACUCAGUAGCGGAGCGAUACAGCGACAUCAAAGUUCCCAGUUAGGGGUGUGGUUGUGGCAUCAUCGGGUUGUUUUGUUGUCAACUCAGUCUCAUAAGUUCUACAAGCUAUGGGUGCUUUUGUAAAGGAUUAAGUUCUGACGCCUGUGUAGGCUCUUUUGAUGUACAAGUAGUUUGUGGGAGAGGUGGUUGGCCUCGCUGCAGUUGUUAUUUAGGAUUCGUGGGUGUAGGGAACUGUACAAUAAUGCUUUACAUUAUGUUCAUAAUUUGAUGACCUCCGAUGUGUUCGGAUGGCCGCAUCAUGUCCAGCUCGUCGUCGCCUUCUGACAUGGGCAAGUGUAUGUUAAGUCCUAUCACUUGAGAGACCCAGGUGAAGCUGAAUUUCCAAAUUAGUAUAUCGGAAGGAGCUGUCUUUGUUUUUGCACAAAUGUACCGUGUCUUAAGUCCAGUUUUUUAUCCAAGCAAUUUCGUUCUUUUU